UACUUCCGCUAUACCCAUCCGUCACUUCCUGCAUGUGCUGAAAAGAUGGCAGCCCCCGUUGCUGUUCAUUUGGAGUUUGGAGGAGGAGCAGAGCUACUUUUUGAUGGUGUCAAGGAACAUCAUGUGACUCUACCGAGCCAGCCUGAACCAUGGGAUAUGAAACAGCUGCUGGUUUGGAUCCAACGGAACCUGCUGAAGGAACGACCCGAGCUCUUUGUUCAGGGCGACUCAGUGAGGCCUGGGAUUCUGGUGCUUAUCAACGAUGCAGACUGGGAGCUAAAGGGGGAACUUGACUAUCAACUUCAAGACCAAGACAACAUUGUGUUUAUUUCUACGCUUCACGGAGGAUAAAUAACAUGAAGGACAGACAUCUUGACGUGUAUACAGCAGUUCCAGCCUUCUCUCCACAUCCUUUACACCGUUCAGUCCCCUCUCCGUUCCCGCAUCCAAACAACUACUCACCCUAUUGGAUGCUGAUGACGUGUUUUUCAGCUGAUGCUGGUCAGCAGGAAUGAGGGGAAUUUCAGAGUUUAGAAACUGGAAACCUGGAGUGCUUUGAUCAGACUAGACGAGUGAAGAAUCCAACCCAGAGCUUUCAAAUGAACAUUUAUGUCACCAGAAUAGAAGAGAUGAUAUUUACUUUAAUCUUGGCCACAAGGUGUUCUAAGUAUUUGGAAGCUUAUUUUCAGUUAAUUUUACUAAAAUGCCUGUGAAGAAAUAUUAAAGAUAAACACAGAUUUGUUGGAUUUUCUGUACAGUUAAAUUGUUUCUACUUCUUUACAACUGUACCUGUAAGUAAUUAAUCAUUCAUGUGUCUACAUUUUAUUGGUGAUUCCCAAAAUAUUUUUUCUUGUGUAUUUGUAUUGAUUUUCUUUUUCUUUUUUUUUUCGAUGAAACUACAAAAAUGGUAAAUAAACUGAAUUUAUUGAA